UGAAUCAGCGUUAAACGUCCUCAGCGACAUCGUCAGUCCCACCAUGGAUCUGCCGGCUCUCCUCGUUUUCUUGACCCUCGCUUCUCUCGGCGCCGCAUCGGCCCCCGACUGCCACGACCUGGUCAAACCCUUCAUGCCCGACGAUCCCAAGCAGGUGUUUGGAAAAUGGGUGUAUGUGUUGGGCGCCGGCGACCCGAAGCAGUACCACGACGCCCUGGGGUCCCUGAAGAGCUCCUGGAUAGAUCUGUGCCCCACGUCCGACAACCUAACCCUGACGCUGCGAUGGGGAGAUUACUGCUUUGAGCGCUGCAUCUCCGGGGAGGUAAACGCAACGAUCUCAGGACUCGCCACCACGUUUCGCAAGAACCUGUCGGACCACAAAGGACAUAUCCUGCAGACGUGUCCUGACUGCCUGCUGUGGACGGACACUUUUCGGAACGGGGACGUCACCGGUCGAUACAUCCUGCUGUUCACCAGGACUGGAAAAAUAGAUGCUAAAGAGGUUGAGAUGUUCAAAAAGCAGGCAGUGUGUCUGAAGUUCUCCGAGGACUUCCACAGCUACGAUGGCAAAACCGAGUUGUGUCUUGAUGACAAAGAGACUUCAGAGUGAGCAGUGGGGAAAAAGAAAUAACAAGGGACAUCC